CCGGAAGGGGGAAGGAGGGUAAUAUUGUAAUGUCGUGCUCCUGUAGAAGGACUAUGACAGAGUAUGACCAGUAGAGUCGGAGGAUUUCACCAGAAACACGGCUCAAACGUCCGCCUACUCGAAAACGGAACGGUAGCACACAGAGUGGAGAGCUACAACAAAGCUGUUGUCUUCACAGAGCGACCAAUAAGCAUAGGAGCAAUGUAUAAAGUCAGAUUGCUGGACAAAGGAGGUGGAUGGGCUGGGUCUAUUCGGUUCGGACUUACGACAGAAUGUCCGGAUGACAUCGAAGUCCCUUCGGGUGCUCUAGACUUAUAUCGUAGCUCAAAUUAUUGGAUCCUCUCUGCCAGCACUGUCCACAGCUCAGGGCAAGAGAGAAGAGUAGACUUUAACUUGGAAUCUCUUCGUGUAGGCCAGUCUGUCGCUUGUAGCAUUAACAAGGAAGGAGAGUUGCAUUAUUUUAUUGACGACGAUGAUAAAGGCGUAGGAUGGACCGGACUACCUUUAGAUAAACCGAUAUGGGGUUUUGCAGAUAUUUAUGGGUUGGCAAGAAAAAUCAAAUCAGAAUUUGUAUUUGAUGAACUUAUGAGUUGUUCUGAAGAUGAAGAAGACGAAGUGACAGGAUAAUGAAUAGAAUAAUCAUCGAUGAUAGAUUUUAAUACUUCCUUACUCUCUCUCUCUUUCUUCCUCUCUCUCUCUUUUCUCUUCUUGACUCCUUUUCUCACUUUCUUAUUUUUUGUUUUAAAAAUGGGAACUUUAAUAACAAGUAUAUUAUUAUUGAGUUUGUUAUUAUUUAUCGAUAUAAAGUGUCUCUAUAUGAAUAAUUCAGACCUUCCUAUUUUUAUG